AUGAAAACAACGCCAACUUCAUCAUUGGAGCUAGCCCUCCAAGUUGUACCCCUAGACAUACACAUACAGCAGGAGGCUGCUUUGGCGGCCAUCAGGCUUAUGGUAUUGGAUUUAUGGGGUAAAAAUCAUUACAGCACACACACAGCGAUCCUAAACAGGGCAAUAGAAUACCAACCGCUAAUAGCCGCGCCAUGCGAUAGGAUCGUUAAUCAACACAUGCUAAACAAGAAAUAUCAUGUACAAAUGAGAGAAGAGGAAUGUGAUCAAUCGUCCGCGAAUGAGCUACGCAUAUACACUGAUGGCUCCAAAACAGGGCGCGGCUCCGGUGCCGGCAUAUUCUCUCAAGAUCUCAACAUCAAAACACACCUACCUCUAGGCACACACAGUUCGAUUUUUCAAUGCGAGUGUGUUGCCCUAACAGAAGCUGCCAGAGGCGUAAAGCGGUUAGGAGUUAAUAACUUUUGUAUUAAGCUCGUAUCCGAUAGCGCGUCUGUGCUGAUGGCGUUGGGGGGUAAAACGACAAACAGCAAACUGGUGCUGGAGUGUCACAAUGCACUGGAGGCAAUAGCCCUGACAAACAUAGUUACCCUACAGUGGAUUAAGGGACACAGUGGAUCUCUCGGCAAUGAUGCAGCCGAUGAGCUUGCGAGGAGAGGCUCGGAAAUGUUGCCCGCUGGCCCGUAUCCGCUCCUACCCUUGCCCUUCUCGCAAGUGCGUAAAUGGAUUCGCCAGAGAUCUAAAGAACUCCAGCACCAACGUUGGUCAUCAAGUGUGGACUGCAGGCAAUCCAAAAUGGUUCUGCCAGUGUCUAACACAAGAUUGACUAAGCAACUUUUAAAUCUAACCAGAAAUAACCUCAAAACAAUGAUAGGGACAAUUACGGGCCAUUGCCUCCUUAAUAAACACCUUAAUGUCCUAGGCGCAACAGACAGCCCCAUGUGCAGAGGCUGUUUCAACGCAGAGGAAACAGUCACCCACGUAGUCCUGGAAUGCAAGGCUGUGGCUAAACAACGUACAGAAAUCCUCGGAACAGUGAGGUCGCUCCGGGAAGCCUGCGAAGUACCCAGGAAGCUUCUGUGCUUCUGGAAGGAGUUAGGCUGGCUUAGUUAG